ACAUCCGGUUUAGAAGCCUUUCAUAGCCUUCUGAUUCGUUUUGCUCCCAAGUCUGUGGGCUAUAGUGCACGAACAAUGCGGAACAGAGUCUACUUGGCCAUUCUCCACUUUAACGAGAACGCGUCGAGACAACAUGCCAUGACUGAGGAAGGGGAGCCCCGAUACAGAGUGAAGGUAUCAAAAAUUUACAAGCAGGAGCAUGUUGCACUGCCCAUCAAAGAAGAACCAACGUUUCGUUACUUUGACGAGCUUGUAGACAAAUGUGUACAGCUGUGCAACACGUGGGACACAUUCAAUGGUGCUUUUGAGGCAUACUCAUGUAAUGAUCCACCAUUCCUAACGGAGACUAACCCUGCACCCCCAAAAACAGAACUGAUUUCAGCACGGCAACAUCGACUGGGACCUUGCAGCUGCCUUCAGUGUACUCUCAAGGCCUAAAACCAGUGUAGCUGCCUGAGGGUGAUGGGAAGUUGUUCCGUAUCGCCAUCACCGCACAUGACGGGAGCACCCGCCUGUCUUCUUCGGGAAGUG